CAAAUGAAAUGAAUGAGCAACUAAAGUCGGAAGGGCUGAUCUGCAGUCACGGAGAAGUGUAAAGGAAAGUGUCAGGGAGCUGGAGUUGUGCCCGUGACUCGACACAGGUCUGGUCGGAUAAUGGAGAGAGAAAUUUCGGAGAAACCUGCCAUAGCACCACCAGUAUUUGUGUUCCAGAAAGACAAAGCACAGAAGAGAUCAGCUGAUGGAUCCAGUGCAGAAGAUGGAGAAGACUCAGACAAAGAGGAUAGUGAUUACUGUCCCCCUACGAAGAGGGAAAGAACAUCAUCUUUAACACAGUUCCCACCCUCUCAUUCCGUUUCCAAGAACAAUGUGUUCAUGCCCUCCAGUUUCUGUCAGUCUCCAACUGGAAAUUCUGACUCAGAACCUGAGGAAAAGACUGUUGGAUUUCGCCUGAAACCACCCACCUUGAUCCAUGGGCAGGCACCAAGUGCUGGUGUGCCCAGCCAGAAGCCGAAGGAGCAGCAACGCAGCGUGCUCCGCCCUGCAGUUCUCCAGGCCCCAGUGCCCAAGCCUUUCUCCCAGGCCAAUUCCAGCAGUGGGACAAAUGGCAUGAGUAAAUCAUCAGACAGCACUACAGAGGGGCAGCCAGCCUCCCAAAAUCGCACAGAGAACUUGGACGGUAUUGCAGAGGAGACGGCCAGGUCACAGGUGAGCACUGAGGAGAAUGUUAACUCGGAGGGUCGACCGAGCAGUGGGAGAGAGGAGGACCAGGAGCGGAGACAGCCCCCUGGAGUUUCCUCUUUUGUAUUCGGCCAGAAUAUCAAAGACAGAGCAAAGGUUGAUGAAAGUAGUGCUACUUCUAAAGAGGAGUCUAAAGAGAGCAGCUCUCCAGCAACAGACUCUCAGUCGGGAGAAACAAAUUAUUUCUUGCAGUAUAUCAGCACUCCGAGCUCACAGAAAGCUGUGAACAAUGCAGAGUCUGGGACAAAGUUCGUUUUUGGACAGAACAUGUCUGACCGUGUCCUGAGUCCCCCGAAGUGCAGUGAAUUGUCAGUAGAGGGCAGCAAAGAGAUCCCAGAUGCCUCAGUCUCUGAACCCUCUUCACAGGACACUUCUCCUGAAAAGGCGAACAGCGUGACUGAGUCUUUGGAGGAGUCAGCAGCAGCUUACACUAAAGCCACAGCUAAGAGGUGCUUAUUAGAGAAAGUAGAGGUCAUAACUGGAGAAGAGUCCGAAAGUAAUGUUUUACAGAUACAGUGCAAGUUAUUUGUAUUCGACAAGACAUCCCAGUCGUGGGUAGAAAGAGGCCGAGGACUGCUGAGAUUGAAUGAUAUGGCAUCCACGGACGAUGGAACAUUGCAAUCAAGAUUAGUGAUGCGAACCCAGGGCAGCCUGCGUUUGAUCCUCAACACCAAGCUGUGGGCCCAGAUGCAGAUUGACAAGGCCAGCGAGAAGAGCAUCCGCAUCACUGCCAUGGACACGGAAGACCAGGGGGUCAAGGUCUUCCUCAUAUCGGCGAGCUCUAAGGACACGGGGCAGCUGUCCGCUGCGCUGCACCACCGCAUCCUGGCCUUGCGCAGCCGUGCUGAGCAGGAGACCGAGACCAAGCCAGCUGUCCUGCAGCCGGAGGUGCCUCAGUCCAACGAGGAGGACAGCGACGAGGAUGAUGUCAUUUCUCCCUCGGCUGGCACCACCCCAGCUAGCGGUACCCCAGAAGCUGGAGAGUCCCAGGUGACUGGGAGCACAUAGCGCCACCUUCUUUCCACCUGCAGGGAUGUUGCCGUAGGGGUGAACUGCAGGCACCCCUGUGGAUGACUCAGACCAGCAGUACUUUGGAUAGAAGUUAAGUUCCGGAGAGGAUCACAUGCAGGUGUUUCUCAUUUACGUCUGCAGUUCAUUUUACUCUGCAUUCAAAGUAAACCCAAGGUGGUUUUUUUUGUUUUGUUUUGUUUGUUUUUUUUUAACUGUAAACUGCAGAGACUUUUUUUCCCGCUUUGGUUUGGGACUUGAAUGCUCAUCAUAUUGAUGAGUGAGAAGGUGUGAGAGAUUAAAAAAGUAAAUAAAUAAAGAAUAAAUGUUUUUUUUUCUCCUCUCCAUUUAUGAUGUGGCACAUUUUAAGACUACAGUUUAAAGUAUGGGACCUUUUUAUUCACCUCUCAAGAGAACAUGCCUCUGGGACUCACUACCAGCAGGGCUCUCAUUUUGUUCAGACCUAAAAACUCUUGUCUUCUGGAGGAUUCUUGUUUGAAAACUCACUUCACCUCUCUUUUUCAUGUAACCAAUUUAUUGUGAGUGAACAGUGUCUGAAAUAUAUUUUUUAGUUUUGUAAUUUUCUUUUGUUAAUGCACACACACACACACACACACACAACCUAGCUUUAAUGGGUAGUCAGUCUAUUCCCUUUUUGUCAACAAUGAGCUCCCUAUCCAUUUCUCAUUUGAAUGAAUAAUUCAAGAUCUAGAACUUGAAGACUAAAACACACACCAUUCUCUGGUGGGUCUAUGCACAGAGGAUUAAGAGGAAAUAAAAUCAAUUAUACCAAUACAUGAAUAUCUUUCAGGUAUUUGUGUCCAG